GCCAGCGAGCGAGACGAGCGCUCUGGGAUGGGACUUGGAGGAGGCGGCGAAGGAGGAGACAGCGGCCACGGCAGCGCCGGCGAUUCGGGCUUCCUCCUCGGCUCCCACCAGAGAUCCCCUGAGGAGAGGUGCGGCUCUCGGAGAAGCAAGGAGGCCCACGAGGAAGACGCGGGUGGCUGCGCCCCUGUCUCGCGGCUCCCGGGGCGCCGGCGGCGGUGGCUGCAGCUUUACCCCUCAUCCUCUCCCUGAAAAUGGAAAAGAUGCUGGUGAGCUGCUUUCUGCUGAUCUUUGGACAAAUCCUCCUUCCAUCAGGGGCCAGGGAGCGGCCACUCACGAGGCCCUUCUCUCGAGGGAGACACACUCGGACUCACCCCCAGACGGCCCUCCUGGAGAGCUCUUGUGAGGACAAGCGGGCGGACCUGGUCUUCAUCAUUGACAGCUCCCGCAGCGUCAACACCCACGACCAUGCAAAGGUCAAGGAGUUCAUCGUGGACAUUUUGCAAUUUUUGGACAUUGGCCCUGAUGUCACCCGGGUAGGCCUGCUCCAAUAUGGCAGCACAGUCAAGAAUGAGUUCUCCCUCAAGACCUUCAAGAGGAAGUCUGAGGUGGAGCGUGCUGUCAAGAGGAUGAGGCAUCUUUCUACCGGCACCAUGACCGGGCUGGCCAUCCAGUAUGCCAUGAACAUCGCAUUCUCAGAGGCAGAGGGGGCCCGGCCCCUGAGGGAGAACGUGCCGCGGGUCAUAAUGAUUGUGACGGACGGGAGGCCCCAGGACUCGGUGGCGGAGGUGGCUGCGAAGGCACGGGACACAGGCAUCCUGAUCUUUGCCAUCGGCGUGGGCCAGGUGGACUUCAACACACUGAAGGCCAUUGGGAGCGAGCCCCACGAAGACCACGUCUUCCUGGUGGCCAACUUCAGCCAGAUCGAGUCGCUGACCUCGGUGUUCCAGAACAAAUUAUGCACCGUCCACAUGUGCAGCGUCUUGGAGCACAACUGUGCCCACUUCUGCAUCAACACUCCCGGCUCCUACGUCUGCAGGUGCAAACAAGGGUACAUCCUCAACUCAGACCAGACGACCUGCAGAAUCCAGGACCUGUGUGCGGUGGAGGACCACGGCUGCGAGCAGCUCUGCGUGAACGUGCCAGGCUCCUUCGUCUGCCAGUGCUACAGUGGCUACACCCUGGCUGAGGAUGGGAAAAGGUGUGUGGCCGUGGACUAUUGUGCCUUGGAAAACCACGGAUGUGAACAUGAAUGUGUAAAUGCUGAUAACUCCUACCUAUGCCGGUGCCGUAAAGGAUUUGCUCUUAAUCCAGAUAGAAAAACAUGCACACGGAUAGAUUAUUGUGCCUCCACCAGUCAUGGCUGUCAGCAGGACUGUGUCAACACGGAUGAUUCCUAUGCCUGCCGUUGCCUGAAAGGGUUUACCCUGAAUCCAGAUGGGAAAACCUGCAGAAGGAUCAACUACUGCGCGCUGAGCAAACCGGGCUGUGAGCACGAGUGCGUCAACACCGAGGAGAGCUACUACUGCCGCUGCCGCAGGGGCUACACGCUGGACCCCAACGGCAGGACAUGCCGCCGGGUGGACCACUGCGCCGAGAACGACCAUGGCUGUGAGCAGCUCUGCCUGAACACGGAGGAGUCCUUCGUCUGCCAGUGCUCGGAAGGCUACCUCAUCAACGAGGACCUCAAGACCUGUUCCAGGGUGGAUUAUUGCUUGCUGAGCAACCAUGGUUGUGAAUACACCUGCGUCAACAUGGACAGGUCCUUUGUCUGUCAGUGUCCCGAGGGACACGUGCUCCGCAGCGAUGGGAAAACCUGUGCACAAUUGGACUCUUGUGCUUUGGGGGACCAUGGUUGUGAACAUUCAUGUGUGAGCAGUGAAGACUCUUUUGUGUGCCAAUGCUUUGAAGGGUAUAUACUCCGUGAAGAUGGGAAAACCUGCAGAAGGAAAGAUGUCUGCCAAGCAGUAGACCAUGGCUGCGAACACAUUUGUGUGAACAAUGACGAAUCGUACAUCUGCAAGUGCAUGGAGGGAUUCCGGCUUUUGGAGGAUGGGAAACGCUGCAGAAGGAAGGAUGUCUGCAAAUCAACCCGCCAUGGCUGUGAACAAACUUGUGUUAAUAACGGCAAUUCAUACAUCUGCAAAUGCUCACAGGGAUUUGUUCUAGCUGAGGAUGGAAGACGGUGCAAGAGAUGCACUGAAGGCCCAAUUGACCUGGUGUUUGUGAUCGACGGUUCCAAGAGCCUUGGAGAAGAGAAUUUUGACAUUGUGAAGCAGUUUGUAACUAGAAUUAUAGAUUCUCUGGCGAUUUCCCCCAAGGCUGCUCGAGUGGGGCUGCUCCAGUAUUCAACACAGGUCCGCACAGAGUUUACCCUGAGAACUUUCAGCUCAGCCAAGGACAUGAAAAAAGCCGUGGCCCACAUGAAAUACAUGGGCAAGGGCUCGAUGACUGGGUUGGCCCUGAAACAUAUGUUUGAGAAAAGUUUUACGGAAAUAGAAGGGGCCAGGCCUCUCUCUUCACGGGUGCCCAGAGUGGCCAUCGUGUUCACCGACGGACGCGCUCAGGAUGAUGUCUCCGAGUGGGCCAGUAAAGCCAAGGCCAAUGGUAUAACUAUGUAUGCUGUUGGGGUAGGAAAAGCCAUUGAGGAAGAACUACAAGAGAUUGCCUCUGAGCCCACAGACAAGCAUCUCUUCUAUGCAGAAGACUUCAGCACAAUGGGGGAGAUAAGUGAAAAACUAAAGAACGGCAUAUGUGAAGCUCUCGAAGAUUCUGAUGGAAGCCAGGACUCCCCAGCAGGGGAACUGCCAAAGAGGGUCCAGCAGCCAACAGAAUCUGAGCCAGUCACCGUAAAUAUCCGAGACCUACUUUCCUGUUCUAAUUUUGCAGUGCAACACAGAUACCUGUUUGAUGAUGACACGCUUUCACAGUCUACACAAAAAAUUUACCAGUCAACAAAAUCUUCAGGAAGCCCUUCAGAAGAAAAACACGAUCAAUGCAAAUGUGAAAACCUUAUAAUGUUCCAGAACCUUGCAAACGAAGAAGUAAGAAAAUUAACACAGCGCUUAGAAGAAAUGACACAGAGAAUGGAAGCUCUGGAAAAUCGUCUGCGAUACAGAUGAAGAUUAGAAAUGCUCUACAUAUGUAUACAUGUCACUGUAUUAAGAAUUACCAUGAAAGCAGUUCCCAGCUCCAAAUUUCAGACUAUCCUUAGUCUGUAACGUGAUGUAAAACAUAUGUACUGAAAAAGCUGGUUCAGGAUAGAACAAAAACUAAAAGAAGACACCAACUUGUAUGAAAAUACUUAGGGAAAAAAAUUGUGUCAGAAUUCUAUGAGUUCAAAUGAGAAGAAAUAAGCUACGCAAGAUAUUUUGUAACAUACUGUGGAUAUGAUUUGCUUUUGGCUCUUCCUGCCUUAGUGUUGCGAUCUUGUUUGACUAUAGAAUAGUUUGCAAAGUCUUACUUCUGUAGAACACUGGCCAUAGGAAAAGCUAUUUUUUUGUAUUGGAUGUUACCUUGAUAUAUGUAUAUGGAUGUAUGCAUAAAAUCAUAGGACAUACGUACUUGUAUAACAGGUUGAAUUUUUUUUAUACAAAUUAAAAUUCACUACUUCAGAGAA